GCCAAAGAGAGAAACAGAGAGAGAGAGAGCAAAAGAUAGGCAGAGGAGCAGAGUGACAGACACAGGGCGAAAAAGUGCAGGAGAAAGCCACCAUGAACCGGACCACAAAGACAGGCUGAGUUCCCCUCCAUGUUCUCUGGGGUGCGUGUGAAAGCAGCAACAACAGCAGCAGCAGCAGUAGCAGCAGCAGUAUCAGCAGACUAACUGUCCUGUGUCCCCCACUGACCUGAACUGGCAAACAGGACGGGGGGACGCCACUAGAGACGGGAGGGGGGCCAGGAUGUCCAAUCUCCAGCCAUGGUACCAUGGCAAUAUCACACGAUCCACCGCUGAGGGACUGCUCUCCAAGGCAGGCAAGGAUGGAAGCUUCCUCCUGCGAGACAGCGAGUCCAUACAAGGGGCCUAUGCGCUUUGUGUAUUGUACCAGAACUGUGUGUAUACGUACAGAAUCCUCCCUAAUGAGGAGAGGAAGCUCUCUGUUCAGGCCUCUGAGGGAGUGCCGAUUCGUUUCUUCUCCAUGCUGCCUGAGCUGGUGGAGGCCUACUACAAGGAAAACAUGGGCCUUGUCACUCGCUUACAGUACCCUGUGCAAAAAGAGGAGGAACCGGAAGAGGAACCUGAGCCAAUGACCAGCCUGCCUCCACAGCUGCCCCCCAGGAACUUCGGCAGCUCCACAUCUGUGAAUGACACCAAGGAGGAGCCGCCUAAGGGGAGCGACCUCACCCGCCCCUCCAUCUCAGAAACCUUCCUCCAGCGGCUGCAAUAUGUAGACAUGGCCAGUAUCCCCGAGGACCAUCAAAAGUCUAUUCUGGAGUACUUCCGUUACAAUAUCGCCGUUGACGUAGAGCAGGUGCAGAACGGCAACCCCACCUUGCCAAAUCUGAAGAAGCUUACCUUCCACAUCUGCAAAAAUCUUAACAGUGAAAUUAGCCGCACACUGCCUAGUCUGGACGCUCUUCAGAGGGUUAUUGAUCCGCCGAUGUCACCUGGAGCUGGGAGACUGAGGAGUCAGCACUCUGCUGAUCCAAGCCAGUCGGUGGCCUUCAAGCUUGAACAGCUGACUAAGUUACUGUACUCAAUAGAGGAUAAGACCAAAAAUGCUGUGUUUGACUCUGUUGGAUAUGAUGGAGGUCACAGGAACUCGCUCAUACCACCUGCCAUAUUUGAGGUGAAAUCAGAGUCAAUAGGCCUUUCCACCAAAAUGUUCCUAAAAGUGGAUGUGGAGAGUGGAAAGUUGUUCCUCAAGAAAUCCAAGGACGGGCCAGAAGACAAAUACUUUACGCACAUUAAAAUCUUGCAGUUAGUGAAGUCCCAGAAGGUGCACACCAAACUGGUGGUUGUGCUUGAGACUGAAAAAGAGAAGACACUGAGAAAGGAGUUUGUCUUUGAUGACUCUAAGAAAAGAGAGGGCUUCUGCCAGCUUCUCCAGCAGAUGAAGAACAAGCAUUCAGGCAAAGCAGAGCCAGACAUGAUCACCAUCUUCGUGGGCACCUGGAAUAUGGGCAAUGCCAAUCCACCACACAACAUCACAUCCUGGUUCCAGUCCAAGGGCCAGGGGAGGACACGCGACGACACGGCCAAUCAGAUCCCUCAUGACAUCUACGUCAUAGGCACACAGGAGGACCCGCUGGGGGAGAAGGAGUGGAUGGACAUAGUCAAGGGUGCACUGAGAGACAUCACCAACAUCAGCUUCAAGCAGGUGGCAACCCAGACGCUGUGGAACAUCAGAAUCAUCGUGCUGGCCAAGCCUGAGCACGAGAACCGCAUUUCACACAUCUUCUCAGAUAGUGUCAAGACAGGCAUUGCCAACGCUCUGGGAAACAAGGGUGCUGUUGGGGUGUCGUUCAUGUUCAAUGGCACGUCCUUCGGGUUUGUUAAUAGUCACUUGACCUCAGGAAGCGAGAAGAAACUCAGGCGAAACCAAAACUACACAAACAUCCUACGCUUCUUGAACCUGGGUGAUAAGAAGCUCAACCCCUUUGAUAUCACUCAUCGCUUCACACAUCUCUUCUGGCUGGGGGAUCUCAAUUACCGGAUCGACCUGCCAUCUACUGAAGCGGAGGCCAUUGUGGCCAAGAUCAAACAGCAGCAGUACCAGGAACUCCUAAGGAGCGACCAGCUCACCAUGGAACGCAACGAGGCCAAGGUCUUUUUGCACUAUGAGGAGGAAGAAAUCACUUUUGCACCCACGUAUCGCUUUGAGAGAGAGACACGGGAGAAAUAUGCCUACACGAAGGCCAAAGCCACCGGGACAAAAUACAACCUCCCCUCCUGGUGCGACCGCGUGCUGCGCAAGUCCUACCCCCUGGUGCAUGUGGUCUGUCACUCCUACGGCUGCACCAAUGAUAUCAUGACCAGUGACCACUCGCCAGUCUUUGCAACGUUUGAUGUCGGUGUGGCUUCUCAGUUCAUCUCCAAAAAUGACCCCACCAAGGAUACUCAGGGAGUGAUUAAGUUCAUGAACUGCGUCGCCAACCUCAUGACGAAGUCCAAGACCAAGUUCUUCAUUGAGUUUCAUUCCAGCUGUCUCGAAAAGUUUGUAAAGAGCCCGGAGGGGGAGAAUCAGGACUAUGCAGAGGGCUCCAUCAAAGUGCGCUUUGGAAAUCAAGUGGAGCUCAUUCCCAUCAUCGCUGACCCGGAGUACCUGCUAGAUCAGCACAUCCUGAUCAGCAUCAAGUCCACAGACUGUGACGAGUCGUAUGGUGAGGGCUGUGUGGCGCUGCGUGCGGCGGAGAGUGCCUACACGGAGUUCCACGUCACACUGACCCAUCACGGGGAGCGCACGGGGACACUGUCCGGCGGCAUACAGGUCCAUACCUCAGAGGGCAAACAGACCGAGAAGCUGUACGACUUUGUGAAGGUGGAGAGAGAUGACUCAGGAGCUCCCCGAGGCAAAGGGGAUUACACCAGGUCAAUGAUGAGUGCUGCGGACAUCAGCAACCCCAGCUACAUGGGGGUGGGCUACAAGAGCCAGGUGGACAAGGGCUGGAGCUACAGCAAGCCUGAGAAAAAAGGCAGUGCCUACUCGCAUUGCUCCAAGGACUCCAGUGUCGGGAACGUCUCCCCAAAAAAGACCCCACGAAAGACGCUACUGCGGUGUGCUACUGGCAGCGCCAUCACCCCAUCCAGCGAGGAUGACAUACCAGCAGAAAUGUUCGACAAUCCUCUGUACGGCUCCAUGACCUCCCGAGGGGGAAAAGACGCAGACGCUCCCCCGCCGCGCAAGGGAGACCACCUCUCCCCUCCGGAGGCCAUCUUCACCUUCCCCAAGCCCUCUGAGGGUUGGGGAGACUCCUCGGACCGGGCGCCGCCCACGCCCUCGCCCCGCAACCGCUCCUACACCUACUCCGACACCAAGCCGCAGCCGUCCUCCGUCACGUCCACCGCGUCCACCACAUCUGCCCCCAGCGGUGGGGGCCUGCAGCCUCAGUCCUACACCAAGAAGCCCGUGGUGCCCUCGCGCUCCGAGGGGGGCAUGGGCAUGGCGGCCAGGCCUCCUCUGCCCAUGAAGGGCCAGGCGGGGGCCCCUCAGUUCAAGCCCAGGGACUAUAGGGACAGCUCGGAGCUGCCCAACAAGCUACGCGGGCCCAGUAGGCCCAGCCCGCCCAUCCCCAAAGAAGCACAUCACGAGCUGCCCCCAGCUCAGAAGAUGGGACGACCAAUGAAAUGACCACAAGUGCCACGUGCUGUUCCUCGCUCCAUAUUGGAAUCAUGGACAAAAUGUGUUUCCACGAGGACGAAGCACAAACCUAUGUAUCACUGUAUACAUGGCACUGCAAGUUCCAGUUGCUGUUACACUUCCAAGACAUUUGGCCUAAAUGCAUGAACAGACAACGUGCGCUAUUUGUUUUAACCUUUAUGCCUUAAGCCAUAGCCAGCCUUCAGCUCUGUUGGAGUCUUCCGUUGCCUUCAUGUUGACCGUUUAACUAGUCCUGUGCUGAUUGCCACCAUGUUGCUUUGUGGAAGGAUUGCGAAAUAAAAGUGUGUUUAAGUGGAAUAAAUCUAAAUGCCUCAAAAUUUCUCCAAAUUUUGCUGCUCUUAUUUCUUCAUUGUA